GAAAUCCCAGUGGACACGGCCGAACCUGCCGAAAACGAACCCGAGAAAAGCAAACACGAGAAAUCAAAGAAGAAGAAGCGGAAGUCCAGUUCGUCAUCGCCAUCGCGACAUAAGUUGAGCGAUCGAGACAAGAGAGAGUCAAAACGUCGAAAGUCGCUCGAGUGCAAAGAGUGCAAGGAAUGCGCGAAGGCUGCCCGAGCGGAGAAGACGGAGAAUGUGAACAAAUGCAAAUUAACGUCGGCGCACUUGGCUAUAGACCAGUUGAGGGUCUUAACUGCGAUGGGUGGUCUAUUUUACGCCGGAAGGCUGAGCGCGGUUCAGGCGCCUGACGUUUAUGCGAUCACGCUGGACGGCGAACGGGGCAACAGGCCUCACAUCCAUUCCAGAGAAGAGAUUCUACGAGACGCGAUCGUCGAGGUCUGUCCCACUUCCACGAAAGAGCUACCGCCUGGCACGAGAUUAUGCGCCUACUGGAGCCAGCAAUAUCGUUGCUUGUAUCCGGGUACCUCGGUCGAACCAUCGGAACCUGACCCUGAGCUCGAUGAGAAGUUUGUUAGCGUGGAGUUUGAUGACGGGGAUAGCGGCAGGAUAGCUUUAGAUGACAUUAGACUGUUGCAGCCUGAUUAUCCAGUUGUCGAAUAUGAUCCCAAUCCCCUGUUGUCGUUGGGAAAACGUCGACGACAAACGUCAAUGUCGACGGAGGAUAAACGCUCUUCCAGUAACAGUCAACCUUCUACUUCCACGAAUGCGAAUAACGCGUUGACUCCUGUUUUAUCCACAACGAGUUGUUACGUUUCCCCAACUGACGCACAGUCCCUGGAUCGACAGAAGGUGGAUGACGUAGAUGCAAAAGUCUUGGAAGAAUAUCGCGAAAGGAAGCGAAUGAAGAAAAGGAGAAAAGACAAAUUAAAGAGAUUACAGGAGGCUCAGGAAGGGAAGAAGAAGCACAGAAGGCACAAAUGUUGCGAAGAACACAGAAAGCACAGGCACAGAAAACACCGUAAACACAAGCACAGGCAUAGUCAUCACAGCAGUCACAGCGAAGGAAGUCACAUUAGCAGUGGGGAAAGUUGUUGCGGGCAGAAGAGCGAAGAAGAACUGCCCAAGGAAACGGUAGCUACAGUAGAAUGCGAAGAGGAACCAGUCCAAGUCCAAGUCCAAGUCCAAGUCCAAGAAGAACCAGUAGCACAAGAAGAAGUAGCCCCGGAACCGAUCAAAGAACCUAAUCGCGAGGAGAAACCCGAGAAACCCGAGAAACCCGAGAAACCCGAGAAACCCGAAAAACCGAAGAAAACGGACAAGAGGUCGAAAGUGCGUGAACGACAGGAAUCGGUGGAAAGUCGAAGCAAAAUGGCAGCUUUCUUGCCAGCGAGACAAUUGUGGGGCUGGGCUGGAAAAGGUUACAGACGACCCGGUGCCAAGGGAAGAGCCAAGAAACAAUUCUUUCGAGCUAUUCAACGAGGUAGCGAGACGAUCCAGAUCGGUGACAGUGCGGUCUUUCUGUCGACUGGCAGACCCGAUAGACCCUACAUCGGGCGCAUCGAAUCCAUGUGGGAAACUUCAAGUUCCAAUAUGAUCGUGAAGGUGAAGUGGUUCUAUCAUCCUGAGGAGACCGUGGGUUGCCCGAAGAAUUUGAAGUACCCGGGUGCCCUGUUCGAGUCCCCUCACAUGGACGAGAACGAUGUUCAAACGAUCUCCCACAAAUGCGAGGUGCUGCCGCUUCAGGAAUACACAGAGAAGCUGGGAAAAGAGCCGCACAGAUAUCUGACCAUAUACGAUAACAACGACAUUUACUAUUUGGCUGGAUAUUAUGACCCCACGACGUACCUGUUGACCAUGCAGCCAGGGGUUGUUUGAGAACAGCUUAAGCUGACGAUUAGGUUAACUGGUGUUACUUAAUUGUUGUCAGCCAAUAAAAUAUUAUGCGAAAUGAAAUGAAAUGCCAUGACCGUAAACGCCAUGGCCAUUAACGCCAUGACCGAAGCUGUUACGUCUGCCAGUUUCCAAAGAUUUGGAAACGAGAUGUGAAGAUGAUACAUGGACGAACGAAUCAAACAUUCGUCGAUCCAGAGACAUUAGAGUUUUACAUUGUGAAUAACGAGCGAGUUCAAUUUUGAAUCUUAGCUCGAUGAUGCGAUCGAUGACACAAGCUUUUAGAGAGGCAUUCAGAAUCACCACAAGGCACAAGCAUUAUUUAUUGUCACAAUGGACAAGAGAUCGUUCCCAUUUAUACAUCGAUCAUAUCUUGUCUUUUUUUACGGUUAUUAUGUAUUGCAUACAUUGUUACGAUCGGUUUCCUUUUGAUCGAGCAUAGAAUCCAUUCGAAUCUAGUUUCUCAUUUAUAUACAUUGUUUAUGCGAGAUAAUCGUUGUUGAUUUGAUAAUUUCCCAUUAAUAUUCUUGCGUCUUUCGCGUCGCUCACAGAUUCCACAGGGUUGUAUUUCAUUUUUGGUGCUGAACGAUGAAUGGAGAAUAUAUUUUCGUGAAUCGCGGGAUAUUGUUGUGACCAUGUGAUUCGCAUUUAAGCGAAACGCGAGUGUUGUAUAUUUUUCCGAUGGAAUAUGAGGCGAAACGUGCAAUGAGAAAGUUUUAUCUCUGUUCUUGACAGGGAUACCUGAUUAUUUGUGCGUUAGCAUGAUAGUACGAUGCACGUGGGUGGUGCAAUUUUUUCCGAGAUUUCUUAGGAUCCAAGAGCUUGUAAAUAAGAACCGAGAGAGUUUAAUAUUUACCAUAAAGAAUUUUCGAACUGGAAUAGAGGAGGAGGCUUGUGCCUUGUGUAUAACAAAGUUAAAUGAAACAAAAUGAAUAGUUUAAUUUUUUUGAUGCCUACGGGUUGCGUUUGUCGCUACUUGGAUCACAUUGGAUUUCACACCAACGUAUAUUGAUGAAUAAUUACAAAGAACGCAUUUACAUAUAAAUAUAUAUAUAUAUAAAUAUAAAUAUAUAUAUAUAUAUAUUAUAUAUGUAGAGGACAGAUGCAAUAAAUCUAUGAGUGGCAUUAACGAAAAAACGUGAAAUCAACUACGGAGAUAUUUAUAAAAAUCUGUUUUAUCAGUUGUAAAUAGAAAAUACAUAGUAUAUAUACAUAUAUGUAUACUGUACAUAAACGUUAAGUGCGUAUAUAUCUGUAAGUGUAAAAUCAGAUUAUUAACCGUUAGACUAGUGUUAUAUAUCGUUGUCUAACCGCGAAAAUACAAUACAUUGUAUUGUAUAUACAAUCACACACAUGUACUGAUAUUGAAAAACAGAAAAUCGAAAGAUUUUGUGUGAAUCUUGUAGCCCGAUCACGCAGACUCUACACGUAAAAAUAACAAAAUUUCAAGUUGCGAGACGAAGUGGCCUGUUCUGGCAGUUCGAUUCUCGAGCUUUGAGACUUUCAUUGCUGUUUCCUUUAAUACUCUAGCGAUCGGCGUUUACAAGACGCGAUGUACUUAGAUUAAGAAUCACCUUCUCACGUUAAUUUCUUCAUUUUCGAGUGUCGCUCAUUUACUUCAGCGUUGUUCGUAAAUAGAAACUUAGGUUUUAUAGUGAUUCUUUUUAUGAUUCCAUUGGUAUAAAUAAAAAAAUCUGUAUGUACUUGUGAUGUACAAUACAGGCAGUAUUCUAUAUUCAGAAUGAACCUUUCAUUCAAAAUUCUUAACAAACAUUUCUUGAUGAAAGUAAAACUUUUAUUAUAAAAGAUAAAGUUUGAUGUAGAGUUUAAGUAAGAUGUUAGCAAGUUAGCACAAUCGAUAAUUCUUCCUAAUUAUCUAUCUAUUACUGAAAUAUUCUUGUGUCCAUCGGAACUGCUCGCUUACAGCAAACAAAAAGAUUUAACGAUUUAUCAAGAAAAAUAUUGAUAUAAAAUUGAAAUGAGAAAUUACGUAUGUUAACGACAAUCCUUUCGUAUUUUUCUCUAUAUUCAAUAAAAUAUUUGCUCAUAGAAAGACACGUUGUAUCGAAUAUAAGUCAAUGGACGUAGAAAAGUUCUGAUAUUGAUUUUUCAUUCAAAUUGAAAAUUUCGACAGAAUGAUUAUUUCUCAGAGUAAUGCUAAUCAUUUAAAUAUGUUUUUAAAAUAAAACAUUUGUAACAAUUUGUAUUCUCCGUUUGAAGUGAAAAUCCGAUAAAUUAGUUUCAGUAAAGGGAUCAAUUACUACUUAAUGGAACAAGAAUUUUCAUUAAAUCUUUGUUGCUUAUUACCACAUAGAUACUCAACCGUCUGAUGUUCUCUAACUACGAUUAAAGAGACAAAAACAAAAAAAGUUUUUAUAAGCUUCGAAAUACAGGUUGCACGGCACUGAUACGUACGAUAAGAUGGAGAGGUUGACGUGAGCGGACGUUCCACACUUUGUAUAUUUGUCUUUUUUUAUUUUCUCGAUACGAAAGAAGAGAUUCGAUGGAUCGCGGCGCUCGGAACGAUCGAAGCGUCUGGAGCGUCGAAUCCACAGCGAACCGUUGUCGCUGGUGAUACGAUAUAAGGUGCUACAUACAACGUUUUUGUUUGUUGCGAGCGCGUAUUAAACAAUAAGUUGACACUCGCGAAUCAUUUUUUCAUACUGUAUACGCGUUCAUUUUGCGAGCAUUACGCUAUCAUGCUAGAAUUAAGAUGUUCUUUUUUGAUUUUUUAAUCGUUCUUUGUAUCUCUCCGCGGCAUUCGUUUCGUCGACAGAAAGAAAGGGAGAGCUGACCACUUUCGCCCACGAUUUUCGAUCACUUUAACGAUCAAACAACGAUCAUUUCUCUUCUAAUCCGCGACAGAUCUUCGUAGAGGAACGUUAAUAACAGACCCAUCAGAGACACACGUACGCAUAGCUCGGAUGGUGAUGGUACCAAUGACGCUCUUCGUCGAUCAGCAACGGAUCGAGAAAUCGCCGAUUUUUCGCCGAUUCUCGAUACCUUGGCUACUUAUUACGCGGAUAAACGUGCCGUUUCCCGGUUCAGUCCUCUGAUUUCCCUUUUAAAAAGAGGAUAACCACCCGUAGGGCGAGAAAAACACGAUCCUAGUACAAACUGCAGAUACAAUAAUUAUCAUGCAUUUUUUCGGGAUAUAACGGGAGAAUAAAGCGAACCAGAGUACUUACGUCGUGGCGCGUAUGAUUGUUCGCGUGUAAAUAGAUCAUGUAAGCCGUACAAGGAUCGGCGAGUCGCCUGUCUUAGACACAAGCUGAUCGAUCUCCAUAGAUUUCUAUCCCUAGUGUACAUUCAUUGUUAUCGUCGUGCGCGCACGUUAGCGCGCGGAGAUGUCGUGGUCGAAUCUUAAAGACCACGACGAUCGACCUAUCCCCAGAUAGGUCUCACGCAGCGCGUGCAAUCUGUAUAUUGCAUAGUAUUUUUCCAUUAAGGUAGAAAACGGCGAGGAAAAGGCAAAAAAAAAAAUGAAAAAAAAAAAGAAAAGAUACUGUCGAUGAGUCGUUAUCCUACGAGCGAUCUUUCAUGUUAUUCGUUGACUCGAUGGUUUUCCAUUUUGAUGGUCCAUAUUGUUCUCUCGAUGAAAGAUGUUCAAGUGCGUUAGACGGAAUGACACGAACGAGAAUGUACAGAGAAAAGAAAAGAGAUUUUAGCCGAAUCAUUCCGAUAAACGUUCAGAGAAUAAAAAUGGAAUACGAAGAGAAAACCACGCAGUCGACGAAACCGAUUGCUCGAGGGAGCGAACGGUUCUUCGUUCAGAGAUGUCGUUUCUUCGACGACGAUUUUUUCGAUGCUUCGAUUCUAUGAGAAGUAGCCUACCGGUAGACAACGUAGACGAGGCACGUUCGCUUGUAGAUUUGUAAAUAACGUAGACUUAGGUAGAUCGAGGGAAAUGUCGGUGUCCUCGGUCGUUUUUUUAUACGUCCCCCAAAAAAUCGAUUUCUUGGUCGUUGCAUUCGAUCCAUUUUGCUCCUCUACGUCAUCCAAUGCAUCUUCCUACGGUAAUUGGAGAAUGGGAACAGAUAGUCGAAACGAUGCUGCGUUUCGCGUGAAAAAAACGAGGAAACAAAAUGUACGAUAAUGACGAAAGUUAAUGAAACAAAAAAAGAGAUUUAAUAAGUGACCACUGUAUAUACACACGAUGAAUAAAGAGACGCCGACAUUUCGCGACGACACUCCUCUUUCUUUGAAUUCACAUGGAAUUGAGGCGCUUCUCGUUGAGGACUGCGAUCGUUUCUUGAAGGAAUAAGUCGAACGAACCGCCGUAUAUCGACAAAUCGAUUUAUAUCGCGUAAAGAUGAACCGCGAUGUGACGUUUCCUUCUCGAGGAGACGAGGCCUCCUUCGCUCCGGCAGAUACGACAUUAUUUUCCUUGUCAUUUUUCGGCGAGACGAUUCAGAACGAGCGAGAGAAUCCGUACGAUUUAAGCGUAUACCGUUCGAGCUAGUCUAGCCGCUACGAUAAGGAUAGUUUGUAAGCGUCUGGUCAAGGUAGCGGAUGAACGAGAAAUUCAUGUCUCCGUUUAUAGAAGAACUAAAACGAGCAAUUUCUAUUGAGUUAGCAAUUAAGUGAUUGCGGAUUUUGUCAUUAAGUGGUAAUGAGAAAUUACCACUUAAUGGCAAAAUCCGCUAUUACUUAGUUACUCGCCCAAUAUUUUUAUUUUAUUUAGAAUUUUUAUUAUCUUUCCAUGUAGAAUCUUUCUUGUUUUUUAGGCUUGUAAUAAAUUCGAAAUUUGCUUGUACAAUAGUUUCCUUUGGAUUUCAUAGAGAGGUUGAUUAGUUAAAAAGGAGACGUGAACUUUAUCGUGCACCCGGUACCACGAAGAAGGAUCCCUCUUUCGUCACGUUGCGUACUCGAUUGCCAUUUGUAUCGUUCGCGCGAGAUAUGGAGAAAAAAAGAAAAUCGUAAUUAUAGUCACGAAGCGUCAAGAAAAGGACAACGUAUAAGCGAUCUAGCUAAGGUUAGGAGAUUAUGCGAGCCUGUAUAUUUUACGAUAUGUAUAGCCGAUGCGUGGAUGAUUAAGGCAAGUGAGCAAGAACAAGAGCGAGAGAAAUAGAAUGAACGAGAGAGAAAGAGACGGAGAGGAUGAAGUUAAAACAGAAGAAGAUAAUAUUUUAUCGUAGAGAAUUAUCGAAAUUAUUAUAUUUUAAUAACGGAGCUGCGAUUUAAAAGAAGUAAAAAAAAAAAAACAAAAUGUGUAGUACGAAAGAUACGAGACGCGAGAGAGCGAGUAAUCGUGCAAAUGAUAAGCAACAACAACAACAACAAAAAAAGAUAUAAAAGACGCGAAUAAAAAAAAGGGAAAAAAUGAAAUACGAGUGAGAAGAAUUGUAUGCACGAGUGAAGGUGAUGUAAGAAUGAAAGAGAGAGAAGAAAGGAGAGAAAGAGAGAGAUAGAGUGAGAGAGAGAGGGAGAAAAAAAUUUUAAAAUAUAAUGGAGCGACUGUUUUUUCGAACCCAAAAGUCUGAGAAAAAGAAUUCAGGAUUAAAAACAAAACAAAAAAGAAAAAAAAAAGAAAAAUGAAACAAAAGAGAGAUACAGUUGAACUUCAUUUAUAUUUUCCUACGCGAAACUUUUUGUAUGGCGAAUGACGCGUGUGUGCGUGUGCGUGUAUGGAAAAUCUCGGUUGACGUUUGUUUGUAAUAAAAGCGAAAAAAGAAACAAGCGACAAAAAAAACCAUGCACGAAAUUCAAAGACCUUGGUCAAACGUGUUAUAUGUAGGAAAAUAUGGGAAGAGCAGAAGAAGCGGAAAACGUUUGAUGUACUGCGUUAAACGUGUAUAUAAGUAUUUUGUAUUUCUCUGUGUUUUGGUUUUUGCAGUAUUGUUAGGUCGACUGCUUUUUCCCGUGAUCGAACGACACGUUGCAUAGAUUUUCCUUUUCUUUUUCUACUCGAUAUAUACGAUUCUCGUAUUUACAUUGCGGAAAGUUUCAAUAAAUGCAGUCCUUACUGGACAUGAUAACGAGAUUUCGUUCAGAUUUCUUUAUAUCGUUGGCGACAUUUUUCUUCUGAGCCUAGCCGCUCAGAUGGUCAUGCGUGCCUCGAUUGCGUUUGGGAUAAGGAUUUCCUUGGCUUUCCUGUACGAUUAUUGAGAAGCAAGUUUCUGUGGAACGGAUAAUAGGUUAAUAUUAGUACUUAACGUAAGAUUAGAUCAGUUCUAUGAGUAGAUUUUUCUCAAAUUAAUCUUCCAUUUAGUAGAGGGUAUGUAGCUAAAUUUAUAAGUGGAAUCUUAAGAAUGAAAUUUAGAAUGUAAGACUGAAGACAACAAUGACUUACUAACGUAAAUUGAAUAAAUUCCAAUAAAACUUUAAUUAAAAAUUCUAAUUUGACGGAAAUAUCGAAGAAUAUAACCCGAUCUAACAAUUCAAUAAUUAUUCAAUAUUCAACAUUCUUCAACAUCUUUUUCUUUCUUGUAGGAUUUAGUUUUCAAAUUUUCAAGUUUAACAGCAUGACGUUAUACUGUAUCAAUGGUAGUAGGAUAUUCAUUUUCAUUUAACAAAUAGUAUUAUUUUUGAAAUUAUAUUCCGUUGUAAUUUUGGUAAAAUUGAUAGAAAGAUAAAAGUAAAAUAUAUUUCAUACGUCAGUGGAAAGUAAACUUCAGGAUGCAAUUUUUAAAAACUUAUUCGUUUAAAAUAUGUAGAAAAGUCUAUUCAUUGGACGAGCGUCAUUAAUCAUUCCCAACUUGGAAUAGAACAAUCUGUGUCAUUUUCUUGAUAUGAGCUUAUUGUUAAUGAUAUAUUUAAGAUGAAUCAUAAAUUAUAAUAGUAAUCUAUAUUUUCCUAAAGUUAUGAGAAGAAACAAUUUAUUUAGUGAUGUAUGUACAUGUUAUACGUAGUUCCAUCACUAUAUAUUUUAUAUCACAGUAGUCGUAUUUUCUUAGUAAGUAUACAAAAUUGAAAAAUUCACUAUUGUUCAGAUUCUAAAACAGUAUAGCGACAAACGCACUAAUUGUCAAUCUAUAUCGAGUACGUUAAAAUUGUUGCAAAAUAUUUUUCUUCGCUAUUAAAAUCCUUAAUAUUCUUAUUUAACUUAUAAUUUUAAUCCAAAUAUGUCAUUAUUAUUUUUUAAUAUUUUUCUAUUAUUUAACUAGUGUCGUUUUUUCGCUUUAUUUGAGAUUUAAAUUGAAUAUUUUCUUUGAAUUUUUGUAUUUUUGACAGCUACUAGUCGUAACUUAGUCUUCAAGUAACCAGUUUUCUAGAAAUGGCCACUCGUUUCAAAGAUUUUGAAUGUUUACACAUUUACGAGUAGUUUAAAAACAUAUAAAUACACAGGAAGCUUAUAGAAUAUACAAACUAUUUAAAGUGUUUACUGAAACGAAACAAAUCUUUGUUUAGGUUCCAUUGCAUUACGUGUAUCCAUGAAAAUACGAAUUUGCAUAAACAUCCAGUGUUAUAUAAUGUUAGUUAUCGUCCAGCGUUAUAAAAGCGUCACAAAAUAUGAAACCUACUUUCAGCUAUCCCAUUAAAAGGCUAAUAGACAUGAUAUCUGAAUUAAACUUCUUAUUUCUCGUCUCAUUCUUCGAUUGCAUUAAAGAUAUAACGUCAGCUUCAUAAAAAGAUGAAUAUAAUCAACGUUUGAUCGCAGUAAAACGUCAAGUAUCUGACACAGGUUCCCAAAAACCAAGUCCCUUACGUGCCAAUCACUGUCACAGAGGCUUCAAGUCGAAAUUUGUUUUAUCCAUCGUACGGAACGCUUAGGACCUCGGACUUCUUUCGCUUUAUCGAUCCUUUCCUUUGGAAUCGAGCGAAGUCUGUGAACCUAUUUCCUAUCGCUUAAAAAAUAAAAAGGAAAGAAAGAAAAAGAAGAAGGGAGAACCUGGCAAAUCUGUGAUAGAAUUCGUCGUCGAUAACGACGCUUCCAUUCGAAGCAAAAUUAUUGAUCUACAACGGAGUACCUCUGUAUGAACAUUUAUCGAUCACACGUGGUUGUACACACGAGUCAUCGUAGAAAAUUAUCAUUGAUUUUGAAUUCGAUCCUGUUCAAAUGAACGUCGUAAGGAUGGAUGAACCUCGCCUAUUUUGUCAACUUUUCUGUUCUCAUUAAUACCUAGAUGAAUGAUUGAUAUAUCGUGAUCGUUUGAAUAGCAGAUGAAUGUAUAACAGGGAUUUUUCGAAAAUGGCGAACGAAUACUUUUGUAUUUUGCGGGGAGAAGUAUUGUGUAUAUAUUGAUAGACUAAGUUUUUUGAAUUACAUUUAAUUAUUUUCUAAGCGACAAUUAAGUAGUUUGAUGUUGAAGACGUAGAUGAAAAAUAAUGGGUAAUGAAAUAAACGAAUUAUUACUUUAUCUUGAGUAUGACAGUGUUUGUGGAUUGAAUAUUUCGAAGAUGCAGAAGAAAGACAUCGUUCUUCAUUUCGGAAUAUGUAUACGUUCUAUUGAAUAAGAUACAUGGACUCGAUCAAAUGGAUUCUGUAAUAUUAUAAAUUUACGAAUAAGUACGAGAUAUAAUUUUAUUAGAUGCACUAGGCAUAAGAUAAUCAAUUUUAAAAUAAACGUUAUACACUUUCGAGUACGUGAAUAGAUUUUUAAAGAACUAUUAAACUUCGUUAUAAGGUAUUAUCAUACUCUUAGUUUAUAUUCAUAAAAAGGCUUUACGCUUUGUUUAAGAAACUUUCUUAACAUCUUUAUUUUCUCUCUUGAAUAAAUACUAGAAACAUUAAUAUUAGCAAUACUUCUAAUAAUAAUGUAUUUAUGUAUGUAUAUAACGCAAGAAUUAGGAAACAGACAUGCAAUAUGAUCUAAUAUAAAUAAAAUUCAAUUUUCAUAUAUAUAUUCCCAUUUGUCCUAUUUCCAUAAAAUGAAUAAAAAUUUCAAAUAAAAACUGAUAAAUGUUCAUACAGAAAUGUAGAAUAUUUUCAUUUAUAUAUAACCUGGACCAAUGCAUAUUUAUUUAAUAAUGAUCAAACCUCUCUUAUAGAUUUUUAAACAUUUGUCACAUUAAUCUAAUAGAUUUUCAAUAUCUUUGAUUUCUCUAUUGCAGCUUGUGUUCAACGAAAGAUUUUUGACGCGUUCAAUGGAAAGAUUUCUUCUUCUGUGCCUUCGAAAAAAUUCGAUUUUAUUUGUAAAAAUGAAAUAUUUGAUAAUGAGCAAUGAUAUAGGAAUUAUAUCAAUUUAACUACAAAAGAAGAAA